AUGGCCGCGUCGCCCGCCGGGUCCGUGGUGAGCGCCGGGCUGGAGGACGGCUCCUCGGGGCUGAGCCCGGCGCCCGGCAAGGCGCUGAGCCCCGUGCUGCUGUGCAAGGUGUGCGGGGACACGAGCAGCGGGAAGCACUACGGCAUCUACGCCUGCAACGGCUGCAGCGGCUUCUUCAAGCGCAGCGUGCGGAGGAAACUCAUCUACAGGUGCCAGGCGGGGACGGGGCUGUGCCCRGUGGACAAGGCGCACCGCAACCAGUGCCAGGCGUGCAGGCUGAAGAAGUGCCUGCAAGCGGGCAUGAACAAGGACGCCGUGCAGAACGAGCGGCAGCCCCGCAGCACAGCCCAGGUGCGCCUGGACAGCAUCGAGCUGGACACCGAGCUGCCCGCCGAGCAGCGGGGNGCGGCGUCGGGGCCGGGGGGCGCUUUGGGCAUCGCCCCCGCGCCCCGGCCGCCCACGCCGCCCCCCAACCACCGCUUCAUGGCCAGCCUCAUGACGGCCGAGACCUGCGCCAAGCUGGAGCCCGAGGACGCCGAUGAGACCGUCGAUGUGACGGGCAGCGAGCCCGAGCGCGCUGCCGGCGAGUACCAGCUCGCGCCCUACCCGGCGGGCAGCCCCGAAAACGUCUACGAGACCUCGGCCCGUCUCCUCUUCAUGGCCGUCAAGUGGGCCAAGAACCUCCCGGUCUUCUCCAACCUGCCCUUCCGUGACCAGGUGAUCUUGCUGGAGGAAGCCUGGAGCGAGCUGUUCCUGCUCUGUGCCAUCCAGUGGUCCAUGCCCCUGGARAGCUGCCCGCUGCUGGCCGUGCCCGAGCUGGCGCCCGGCGCGCCCGGCAAGCUGCUGCCCGCCCCCGUGGACGUGCGCGCGCUGCAGGAGACCCUCACCCGCUUCAAGGCGCUGGCCGUCGACCCCACCGAGUUCGCCUGCAUGAAGGCCGUGGUGCUCUUCAAGCCAGAGACCCGCGGCCUGAAGGACCCCGAGCAGGUGGAGAACCUGCAGGACCAGUCCCAGGUGAUGCUGGGCCAGCACAACCGGACCCACUACCCCGGGCAGCCCGUCAGGUUCGGCAAGCUGCUGCUGCUGCUGCCGGCCCUGCGCUUCAUCUCCUCCGAGCGCGUGGAGCUCCUCUUCUUCCGCCGCACCAUCGGCAACACCCCCAUGGAGAAGCUGCUCUGCGACAUGUUCAAGAACUGA